GACUUAUCUGAAAUUUUCACGGGAUUUAAAUACAAGCCUGGCAAAAUGGGACAAACUAUGGGCAGGAUGCCUGAAACGUGGGAAGGCCUCUUGGAAGAGAGAGAUCGCGUUUUACACUGGAGCUCCGAAGUGUUGGCAAGAGUGCAGGACAAUGUUACGAACGAGGAUACGUUCUUGAUGGACUACGAUGACAACAAAAUCGAGGCCAAGAUCGAUACGUGGAUUAAAACCAAUCGGACGCGGGUUGAGGAGACGUUCAAUAAAUCCGCAAAUGCGCCAGAACAUCUCAAAAACGUCGUUAACACUGGAAUCGAAAAGCUCAUUGAAGAGAUACGAGUAAAAACAAGUAAGGACUAUAAGAACGCGUACAACGACAUUAAAAAGUUCAACAAGAAGGUGGAUCAACUGGGCGAGGACGAAAGAAAGAUUCAUGCUGAAAUACAGAAACUGGAGACGGAAUGUGCGGGUGACGUGCAGAAAUUCCAAAAGAAGUUUGGACCGUUGCGGCUAAAAGUCUUCGAUAAUCUGAGAACUGGCGAGAAAAUGAUAUUCCAGGACAGAAGACUGAAAAGCGAUUUUAUCAAAAAAAUUUACGAUAUUGAUCACAAAAUAUCUGCUGAGUGCGUGAAACGGAUCGACAAAUCGCUUAAAGACUUCGAGAAAAGCUCUCCCGGAGACUCUCGUGAUCGGGAGAGCAUGAGACAGCAAGUGGUUCACAGCUCCGUGAUACCACCGAUACGACGAUCCAGGAACGUACCCGCACGAUCUACCGUUGAGGCGACCACUUCUGGCGUCGACGCACUCAAUGCCAGAAUAGUUGAACCACUUUUAGUGGUAUCCAGGCAUUUAUUCUCGUUUGAACCAAAAAUAGCAUUUAAUUAUACCGAACGGAUUGAAUUAUAUCGACUAACUGUAUCUGCCAGUUCCUAA